AUGAACCAAAUAAUCUCUGGUAUUCUAAAGAGUACACAUUCAUUAACGGUCAAAAAACAACUACUAGAACGUAUUCGAUCAGCCUAUCUUCAAAUCCCAUGUCCAACAACAACACCAAUAAUUGAUCGAACUUGUUAUUAUCUAAUAAAUUAUGUGCGCGAACUGACAGUAUCACAAGUUGAUGUUGAGAUAUUGACAUUUGGUCGUACAUGUCUUCAAUGUUGUCAUAAUCCUGAAUGUCUAUGUUCCAUAGCUGAACAAUUAAUCAACGAUUCUCGUAUUGAUGUAUCGAUAUCAUUUGUACAAUUAUUAAGUGAUUGUUUACCUAGUGAAAUCGGUCGAGCCUUUUUAGAACGUGCUAUUUUUGAAAGACAUGAAUUAAAUAAUGAAGCAUUACGUUUUAUAUUAUUACUAAUCACUAAAAAUCGUCAACUAACGAAUGGACAACGAACAAUAUUUUAUAUCAAAUUAGUUGAAUUAGUCUUAUCUCGUUUACGUACAUUAGAUUUUUCAGUUGAACAAGUUGAAUUAUUUUGUAAACAAUUAGCAUCAACAAUUGAAGAAUUAUGUUUUGAAAAUAAUAAAAAAUCCAAUAAUUUAUUAAAUGAUAUGGUUAAUGGUGUUACAGGUGGUCUAUUAACAUGUUUAGCUGAUUCAUCAACUAAAAAUGAACCGUCAACAGCGUUAGCUAACAUCAUUGAUUUAUUACAGGAAUGUCCAAAUGAAAACUUAUUAGAUUCAUUUAUUUUAACUAUUGAUGACGAUCGUUUAGUACUAUGUCUCAAUCGUUUAGCUCGAGUUUUCCGUUGGCCAUCUACAACAACUAAACCAUCGCAGUGGCUUGUUUCUAUAUGGAAAUUAUUAUUUAAACGUGAACGUGAGAUGCUUGUUGCACAAUCCGCAUCGUCAUCAAUUAUUUCCGAUUUGAUAUCGAUGAUUGGUAAUCCAUCGUGCUAUCAAAAUAUUGUUCCGGCUCUAUGUUGGAUAUUUGUUAAUCAACCAUUUCAUUUACAAACUUUUGCAAGUCCAUUACAAAAUGAAAUUCUUCAACUUGUUCUUAAUAAUCCGAAUUUUCUUAGUGAUAAUAUGGAAAUGAAUAAUCUUGUUGAAAGUGUACGUUACGGACUUAAAAGUUUAUUAAACAAUGAAGAUAAUGUACUUAAUCAGGAUUUAUUUAAUAAUUUACUUCAAAGCCUUCCAAAAUCAAAUCAAAGUUUUGCUAAAAAUAUUCACUUAAUGAAAUGUAAAUCAUCAUCAGUGGAAAACUAUUCAAAUGAAAUACCAAUUCGUCUACAUGAUAAAAUUGGUUUAGCUAAUAUGGGAAAUACUUGUUAUUUAAAUGCGAUGAUGCAAGCAUUAUAUUCUUGUACACAAUUCCGAAAAUGUGUACUGAAUUGUGAUGCAUUAUCGACAAAUAAUGAAUUAUUAAAGUCAUUACAGAAUCUAUUUGCUUUUCUAACAGCUUCACAACGAUCAUAUUAUCGACCAGAAAGGUUUUGGCUUCAAACUAAACCAUCGUAUUUUGAACGUAAUCAACAGCAAGAUUGUCAGGAAUUUCUCAGACAUCUACUAGACACACUUCAUGAAGAAGCCAAAAGAACGAUACAAAAUGAAUCAACUCUCGAUUGUGUUAAACAACAUCUAAUGGGUACCUGCAUUCAUCAGAGUAAAUGUUUGACUUGUUUAUCAAUAACAAAUUCUCAAGAUUUAUUCUAUGAUUUGUCUCUGGGUUUCAAUGAUCAAUCUUUAACUACGAAUGAUCAACAACAAAAAUGUUUUGACUUGCAAUCGCUUAUUGAUCAUGCAUUUGCAUGGGAACCAUUGGUGAAUGAAAAUCAAUUUGAAUGUGAUACAUGUCAAACAAAACAAGACGGUUCACGCCGAAUGUUUUUAACAUCACAUCCAAAUUAUCUUAUUUUAUUAUUAAAACGCUUUGUACAUAAUCGUCUAACAGGCAAAUAUGAAAAAUGUCUUGAUCGUACAACAUUACCUGAAUUGAUACAACUAUUAACCGUUAAUGAAGCACAUAUAUCAUAUCGAUUGAAAGCAAUUGUUGUUCAUCAUGGUUUAUCCAUGAAUAGUGGACAUUAUUAUGCAUUUGUUAUGUGCAAUAAUGAUGAUCUAGUGGAUAAAAAUAAUGCAAAUCAUAUUGGUUGGUGGCUUUUCAAUGAUACACAUGUUGAACAUCUAUCAUUUGAAAAUGUUUGUGCGCAUUUUCAACGUUUUCAAUCAGCUACACCUUAUGUUCUAAUUUUCGAAAAAGAUACUCAAGAUAUGAAUGCAACAGAAUUACCAAUGUUACCAUAUUUACAAACAUUAGUUGAGCAUGAUAAUCAACUUUAUGCGCAAGAACAAACUCGUCGUAGCCGUUCAUCAAAAUCUGCUGAUAUGUCUGAUGUAUCCGAACCCUAUUACAAAAAUACAGGUUGUAAAGACCAAAGUCCCGAUCGUGGACCGCCAUGUAUUUUUUAA